AAGAAUAAACCUAUCAUAAACUGAAAUAUAUAUUGCAUUCCUUUACAUCUUUCAUAAGAUUUUAUGGGAAACUUUAAGAAAUGAGGCAUUCUUUACAACAAAUUUACAAUACAUUUUAUAAAAUAAAUAGAAACUUUAUAUAUAUAAGACAUUUUGCUUUUUUAUCAAAAGACUACUUGAAAAAACACCCUAGAGAACGUAUACAAAACAGAAAACCUAAUUUUUAUCUACAAAUUGCAAAUAUAACAUCUAAAUCUAAUGAAUCCUUAUCAAAUGAAUCACAAAUAUUAUCAUUACAACAGGAUUCUCAUGUAUUUGAUAUAGAAAAUGGCAAUAAAGAGAAAAAAUAUCCUCGUCUAACAUAUUUUUCACCAAAACUUGGCGUUAAUAAGGCAUAUGAUGAAGCUUUAAAGGUUAUUGAAGCAGAUCGUUUAGAAAAACAGAAAAAAAUCAAGAAAAUCAAAUUAAAAAUAGAACAAAUGCUAAAAAAUAAAGACUCUAUUACAAAAGAUACAGAAGAACAAAUUAUAAAUUUAAAAAAAUAUCUAAAUCAACUUGAAAUAUUAGCAGACAUUAAUGAUCCUGAAAUACGGUGGAGAUUUAAACAUAAUGAUGUGGAUAUGUCUAUUCCUGUUUAUCGCUAUUUAGCAGAACAAAAAUGGAUGAAAAAACCAUAUCAUCUUUUGAUGCAGCGUAUAGAGCAGAUGUAUGUUAUACCAGAUGCGUAUAAGCGAUUUAAGCCUACAGUAGAGGUCCUUCUUCGAUUUGGAAAAGAAGAACUUGAACCAGGAAAAUUUGUCCCCAAUAAUAUCUCAGCAUUAGCUCCUGUUAUAGAGAUUAACUCUUUUUCAGGAAAAGAAGAACUUUACACAAUAAUUUUACUUGAUUUGGAUGUCCCAGAUCUAGAAAAAGAUUCUUUUAAGAUAUAUCUUCAUUGGCUUAUUUCCAACAUUCCAAUUUCUCCUACAAAUGCAUCCGUACAACCUUCCAAAGGAACUAUUUUAGCUUCUUAUAUUCCACCACAUCCACAAAAAGGCAGCCCAUAUCAUCGUUAUACAUUACUUGUAUUUGAACAAGUUAAAAAAAUUUCAAAUGAUUAUAAUAUUAUAAGGAAUUGUUUUAACGUUAAUCAAUUUGCAUCUUUAAAUAACUUAAAAAUUGUUGGGAUUCAUUUUUGGCGUAGCGUUUGGGAUGAACAUGUAGACAAAGUUAUGUCAGACGCACAAUUACCACAAUAUAAAACCAUGCUUAAAAGGUCAUGAUUUUUUAAAAAAAUAUAUUACUAGAUAUGCCU